UCGGGGGAGAGAGAGAGAGAGAGAGAGAGAGACAUGGACGGAGGAAUUGAUGCGACGACUCGAAGCGACCGGUGGGGAUACCCGGUACGGACAGCCUCCGACGCCUGCAUCGCCGCCAUCGAUGCCUACUACGACCAAGUCCUCGCCUACGGUCGCGACCGAGCGGUCAUCCUCCGUGCCGCCCGCCACGACCCCUCCUGCGUCCUCGCCAACGCCCUUUCAGCCCACUUUCUCGCUGGCAAGGACCCCGCCGAAUCCUCCCGUCUCCUCGGUGCCGCCUCCGACUCCCUGGAUAAUGCUACUCCCUACGAGGGGGCAGUGUUCGGAGCGAUCUCUUGCUUGAUGGCGUAUGACAGGGACGACGACUUGGCGGUAGAUCGACACUUCGAGUUGCUGAAGGAGUUCCCUAAAGAUCUUUUAUCACUAAAAAGGGCACAGACCUUGUGCUUCUACAUGGGUCGACCCGAUCUAUCGCUUAACCUAGUUCAAGAGGUUCUCUUCUGUGUGAUUGGUCAUUGCUUGGUAACUCUGCUACUGAAUGCCCAGCAGGUACUGGUAUAUAACAAAGAUCAGAGUUAUAUCUAUGGGAUGCUUUCUUUUCCAUUGUUAGAACUUGGAAGGAUGGCCGAUGCUGAGGGGGCUGCAAGAAAAGGACUGGGUAUCAAUAGCUGUGACCUUUGGUCACAACAUAAUCUAUGCCAUGUUAUUCAGUAUGAGUGUCAUUUUGAAGAAGCUGUAAAGUUCAUGGAAACUUGUUCUUCCACAUGGAAUUCGUGUUCAUCUUUCAUGUAUACUCACAACUGGUGGCAUGUUGCUGUCUGUUAUCUGGAAGGUGAUUCUCCAUUGGAUAAGGUUCUUGAAGUUUAUGAUCACUGUAUAUGGAAGGAACUGGAAAGAAGUGAUGCUGAGCCAGCAGAGGUGUAUGUGAAUGCACUAGCCUUGCUGAUGCGGAUCUACGUGCGGGACCAUAUGCAUCAUAUUGCAGAACGGCUGAUGUUGCUAGCAAAUGUUUUCAAGGAUGAGUCUAUGUGGCAUGUUGAGUGGCAUCUUGAUAUCCUGGCACUAUGGGCCUUAGCUAGUACAAAAGAGACAAGUAAAGCAGAGGGUCUACUUAAAUCCAUUAAAUCAAGGUUUUCCUUAAUGAGUAGGAAGAAGCAACAGCAAAUGCAAAGUGCAAUUCGGCUUGCAGAAGCCAUUUAUGAAUACGGAAGGGGUAACUUUCAAAGUGUUUUUGACUUACUUGGUCCAGAUUUUGAUGUCACUGGCUUUAAAAUGAUUGGUGCAUCUGAUGAACAGCUUGAUGUCUUUAAUGAAGUUUGGUACAUUGUUCUGUUGAAUAUUGGACAAUUUUCCAAAGUAAUCGAAGAGGUCAAAAAGCAAGUUUGUAAAAGAGGAGCCCCUUUCUUGUGGCAAUUGCUGGAAAAGGCAUAUUCCAUGGAGGGGAGAUCAGAUGCUCCCCUUGCAGGUGAACGGGCAAAGGUUUUAGAAGCUGCCUCCUUCAAGUAAGUUGUGAAGGAAUCUAUCAUUAUAUCAAUGUAGCUCAACUAAUUCGGAAAAAGUGAGAGGGAAUGUGGCAAAAUAAAUCUACAGUUUUCUGCUAUGUUUAUGUAACAUCCUAUCACCAAUGUAAAUUUUAGCUGCAUAAGACUGGCCUGUUUUAAUACCUUAUGAUGUGCUAAAAUGAUGAUUUCACAACAAAAUAUGUGAAGGUCAUGUGCACCUUCAUUUCUUUA